CCCAGAAUUCUGCAUAACAAAAUGGCGUGUUUUUAUGGUUGAUGAUAUCAAUCGAAUUACACACCAUUUUCUACAUUCCACGUUUAUUACUAACCCUUAGUAAGAUUUCUAAAUGAAAUAAUUUAAAAACGGCAAAAAUAAAGCUCAAAGAGUGGUUGAAGAAGAUACCAUCUUCGAUUAAGUUCCUUUCAUGUGGAAUGGCCUACCGUAGACACCAUUCUUACAGAGAACGUCAUUACGACACAAACAGCAGUGAUAGUGAUUAUUCGGAAGCAGAUGAAAGAAAAAAGACUUGUAUUAAACAUAAAAGUUCAAUUGGUCCAACGCGAUCUAAACCCUGUUUAGUGAAUAGAGUAAGGUCGUUAAGUUUGGAGAAUACAAGCAGCAACGAAGAAGGUCCAUCAGAGCCCAGUCACUUGAGAGAAGUAGUGUCUUAUUCAUUGCCAAGAAGUCAUCAUCAGCAAGCAGCGGUUUUAUCACCGCGUUAUCCACUUUAUAACACCAAUAGAGAUGACCGUUUUUUUUUCGUUGAUUUUGUUGACAAGAAAAUAUCUAGCAAUAAUAACAUGUUGAAUCCACCUACAGUAGCUGUUAAUCCACUUCCGAAAUGUGCCAGUCCCCGUCCUGGAGGCGAACGGUUGACCCUGGUGGUAGAUGAUACCCGGUUUGUUGUUGAUCCCGAGUUGUUUCGAGCUCAACCUGAAACUAUGUUAGGAAGAAUGUUUACAUCAUCUCUUGAAAACAACUUUACUCGUCCAAAUGAAAGAGGUGAAUUUGAAGUUGCAGAUGGCAUUUCAGCUCCUAUUUUCCGUUCAAUUUUGGAUUAUUAUAGAACUGGUAUUGUUCGUUGCCCUCCAAGUACACCAGUCCAUGAACUCCGAGAAGCCUGUGAUUACCUGCUCAUUCCUUUUGAUGCUACAACUGUGAAGUGCCAAAAUCUAAGAGGUUUCUUGCACGAAUUAUCCAACGAAGGGGCCAGGCAACAAUUUGAACAUUUUGUAGAAGAAUUGAUUUUACCGGUUAUGGUUCAGUGUGCUCAGCAUGGUGAAAGAGAAUGUCAUAUAGUAGUUUUAGCUGAAGAUGAUUUAGUAGAAUGGGAUGAAGAAUUUCCACCUCAGAUUGGAGAAGAUCAGUCUCAAAUUAUUACCAGCAACCAUAUGUGUCGUUUUUUUAAAUAUGUAGAAAAUAGAGAUGUAGCGAAGCAAGUUUUGAAAGAAAGAGGAUUGAAAAAAAUUAGAUUAGGAAUAGAGGGUUAUCCAACAUACAAAGAGAAAAUCAAAAGACGUCCCGGUGGUAGACCAGAAGUUAUCUAUAAUUAUGUGCAAAGGCCAUUCUUUAAGAUGUCUUGGGAGAAAGAAGAGGCUAGGUCUAGACAUGUUGAUUUCCAGUGUGUGAAGAGUAAAUCAAUUACGAAUCUUGCUGCUGCUGCUGACGCACAAACAGAACAAAGCAUUGUCCAGCAAGAACAAGAUGGAACAAUUAAUGUGAUUCCACCCCAACCCUCCCCUUCUGAACCCUACCCAGGGGUACAGAUACCCCCAGAAGGUGAUGCUGAGUAACCAUAAUCCUGUUGAACUUUUUAUCAAUGUUUGUUUUGGAUUUCUGUCAGAUGCAUGCUAUAAAAUAGCCAUCUAAUUCCAUAGUACUUUACAAGAAUUGAGUUGUGAUUUCUUCUGAGUGUCUGAUAUGUUUCUCUGGUAAAUAUAAACCAAUUGCAUGACCACAGGAACCAAUAUUUUUGUAAACCUAGUAAAAUGUGCAUCAGUUGUUUUAUAAAUGGACUAUCAUAUGAGGAAUAUUUUAAUGGUGGCAAACCAGUAGUCUUACAUGUAACGACUGUUAGAAUAUUGAACAUUCUUGAUUUCAUCAGGUGCUGAUUCAAGCAUAAUAAAUACAAAAUUCAUUAUUAUUAUUGUACAGUAUUGAGUGUUAUUCUGUUUUUUUAUUUGUUUCUUUGGUAACAAACCUCCAUGUAUUGAAAUUCAAGAAACUAAUGUUAGUUAAUAUUUUUGGAGAAAAGUGUAUGAAAAAUUUUAGGUUAUCAUGUUCCAAUGUAAAUGGGCUGUGUGUAGUAGGAACAUGUAUUUUUUAGGCUCAAAGGCUCAAUUUACUAUUUUUGAGGAAUGUCAUGUCUCAGUUAACUUAAAUGGUUAAAAUAAACUACCAGAAGUUAUUUACAAGGAGAUAAAAUCUGAUAAUCUUAUCUCUAUUAAUCAAGUAUAACUACCAAUACUUCAAUUUCUGUAAUUGCAGUCAAAUUGUAUUUUAUGUUAAGAUCUAGUAAAUAUACAAAUAUAUUCAAGUGAAAAACCUACAUGUAUUAAAGAAGUUGUGUUAAGAGUUAAAACAAUUCAGUAGAUCUGAAGUUAUUUUUCCUAUGUUUAUUUAGAUUUAACUUACAUACUGCACUUGAGUAAUUUGAUCUGGGACCAAAUUCUGUUGUAUUAUAAUUUUGGGUGUAUUGAUAACCACAGCUUAAUCAAAUAUUAACAUAUAAAUACAGGUGUAUUUAAUUUAAUGGCCUAUUUAUCCAUUUGUACAGCCAAAUUUUUAUAACAAUUUUUUUUUUAUUCCUACAAGAAAUGUUAAAAAUAUUUGAUACCUUUUUAGGGUACAUUUUGUAUUCCAAGUUCAGUAUAACAUUUGAUCAAGAGUAUUACGUAGAGCCUUUCUAGAUUCAGUUUUCUUAAUAUGUUUUAUAGGUCGAUUUGACUUUGACCUUCACUGCUACAAAUUUCAUCAGGAUAAUUUUACUAAUUUACUAUUCUCAGAGCCAUUGUGCCAUUGAGCAAGAUGUGUCUUGGAUCAAUUUUUCUCAGGAAUUGUUUAGAAUGUUUCACUCCUCAUCUAAGUAGUGAAAAAGUAUGUUGUUAGUUUAGGCUUAUAGCAGAAUAUUUUCUUUUGUUUGAUUUAAAUAACUAUAUUAUUAGCGAUUUUAAAUAUUGCAAAGCACUCACUGCUGGCUUAGUUAGAAAUAAAAUUCGACCUCUUACGUUUUCCUUAAUUAAAGUAUGUAGAGGUUGGGGGCUAUGUAUAAUUAUUGUCAUAAUAUCCAAAUUUGUAUGUUUAUAAUUCUAUAUGUUUAUUUGUUUGUUUAUUUGUAUUAUUACAAGUUAUAUAAUAAAUAGUGUGUUGUUAUUUGUAUUUAUCCAUUUAUAUGUAUUUUUAAAUAUUAAAGAUGCAACGAAGAAAGGUUUUGUGUAUGUAUGAAAGCAGAUUCAGUGCUGAGUUAGAAAAGACUACUAGAAUUGUAUUGUUAGCUGGCUUGGUCGUAGUGUAGGAACAGAGUUUUCUGAUAUAUAAUAUAGGACUGUUUGUUCUAUUUUUUUUCGAGAUAUAAUUUUGAAGACUUGUUUUGUUGAACUGUUUAGAUGUAGUGGUUUGAGUGCCAUCCAACCUUAUGAUAUUUGUCAUACAAUGAAAAUCACGCUAUUUUUUGUGUCUUAUGGCUUGAACAAUGAUACUGUGUAUCGCAAUAUUAUAAUGAUGUGUUCACUUAUCUUAUAUGUAUAUAUUAUCAAAUAAUAAAAUAAAUAAAAACAAAUAAGAAUAA